AUGAAAAUACGGAGCUGUUUGUUCUCUGUCAGUCCUAGUGUGUGCAAAACCCCCAUCAUCUCUUUCUUUUCUCUCGAGGUCAUGAAACGCGUACGCACAGAACAGAUUCAGAUGGCAGUGUCCUGCUACCUCAAGCGCCGUCAGUACGUGGACUCAGAAGGUCCCCUAAAGCAAGGCCUGAGGCUGUCUCAGACUGCUGAAGAGAUGGCAGCUAAUCUCACAGUCCAAUCUGAAUCUGGUUGUGCCAACGUGGUGUCUGCAGCUCCCUGCCUGGCGGAGCCACAGCAAUAUGAAGUACAAUUUGGACGAUUACGCAAUUUUCUCACAGAUUCGGAUUCUCAGCACAGCCAUGAAGUGAUGCCUCUUCUGUAUCCCCUCUUCGUCUACCUCCAUCUGAACAUGGUCCAGAAUGGCCUAAAAAGCACAGUGGACAGUUUUUACAGCCGCUUCCAUGGCAUGUUCUUGCAGAAUGCCAGCCAGAAGGAUAUCAUUGAGCAGUUGCAGACAACCAUGACUAUUCAAGAUAUCCUGUCCAACUUGAAGCUCCGGGCUUUCCUGGACAACAAGUACGUCAUCCGCCUUCAAGAGGACAGCUACAACUACCUUCUUCGCUACCUCCAAAGUGACAACAACAACGCCCUGUGCAAAGUCCUGACUUUGCACAUUCACCUGGAUGUACAACCUGCCAAGAGGACUGACUACCAGCUGUACGCUGGUGGGAGCUCCUCGCGCAACGAGAGCAACGGCCUGGAACCCAGCGACGUGCCAGCUUCCAUUCUACAGAACGAGGCAGCGCUGGAUUUACUGCAGGACAGCAUUAAACGUGUCAAGGACGGGCCCCCUUCCUUAACGACCAUCUGUUUCUAUGCCUUCUAUAACACAGAGCAGCUGCUAAACACUGCGGAGAUUUCACCAAAUAGCAAGCUGCUUGCUGCUGGGUUCGACAAUUCAUGUGUGAAGCUGUGGAGCUUGCGUUCCAGGAAGUUAAAAUCUGAGCCCCAUCUCGUUGAUGUGUCCCGCAUCCGCCUGGCUUGUGACAUCCUGGAUGAGGAGGAGGAAGAGGACGACAGUGCAGGCACAGAAAUGAAGAUCCUUAGAGGACACUGUGGACCUGUGUAUAGCACAAGGUUCCUUUCAGAUAGUUCAGGACUCUUAUCUUGUUCUGAGGACAUGUCCAUCAGAUACUGGGACCUCGGAAGCUUUACAAACACUGUGUUGUACCAAGGACAUGCCUAUCCCGUCUGGGAUUUGGAUAUUAGCUCCUGCAGCCUGUACUUUGCCAGUGGUUCCCACGAUCGCACUGCCAGGCUCUGGACAUUUGAUCGGACGUACCCGCUGCGAAUAUACGCAGGCCACUUGGCGGACGUCGACUGCGUCAAGUUCCACCCCAAUUCCAACUACCUGGCGACCGGCUCCACGGACAAAACCGUGCGCCUGUGGAGCACUCAACAAGGCAACUCGGUGCGGCUCUUCACCGGGCACCGCGGCCCCGUCCUAGCACUUGCGUUUUCUCCCAACGGUAAGUACCUGGCGUCAGCAGGUGAAGACCAGCGGCUGAAGCUGUGGGACUUGGCAUCAGGAACUCUUUACAAAGAACUGAGGGGGCACACGGACAACAUAACCAGCCUUACUUUUAGCCCCGACAGUAGUUUAAUUGCUUCGGCAUCGAUGGACAAUUCGGUCCGGGUCUGGGACAUUCGGAACACUUACUGCAAUGCCCCUGCAGAUGGGUCUUCCAGUGAACUGGUUGGUGUAUAUACCGGACAAAUGAAUAAUGUACUGAGCGUACAGUUUAUGGCCUGUAAUCUUCUUCUAGUGACUGGAAUUGCACAAGAAAAUCAGGAACAUUAAUUUUUGUUUUUUUUCUUAGGGAAGUGGGUGGGUGUAUUGAAUGCCAGAGUCCAUUGCAAGCUGAGAUUACUGACUGUGAAACACUUUUCUUCCUCUGCCCCCUUGAAAGGCAUGUCCAGAGUGAUGCAAAUGCUUUAAAAUGUCUUGCCCACAAAAAACGUCUGUGCUGUUGCUGCAACAAGAAAAAGGAGCAAUGAAAAUACAUAUAUCUUCUAAUCCUGCAGGGAUGGAGGA